AUGUCAUAUCAAACAGAAAAACUUCCGCAAUUUGUAAAGAGUAGAAUUUUAAAAAAUUUAAAUUAUAGCCCUGAUGAAAGAGAAGAACUAUUUAAUAAAUUUUCAAGUCGAUUUUUUAACAUAGCAUCAGAAGACAUAGAUAAUUUUAGAAAAAGUUUUUUGAUAUUGGAAAAACAAUCGGAUAAAAAAAAAAUCAAAUUAAAUAAAGGAUUAUCGGCAAAAAAAUUAACGUACAAAGCUAGAAAAAAAUUAGGAUUGUAUUCGUUAGAUAAAAACAGUUUAAAAUAUGAUGAGCUGUUACCCCUGAAUGAAUUAUGGAAAGAAUACAUGAAUGAUUAUUUAAAUUUGGAAGAAUUAAAUGAACAAAAUUACAAAAACAAUCCUCAUGAUCCUAAUUUUGAAACUGUCAAUCAAAAACUAUUCAGAGCAGAUUUUCAUGGAGCACAAAUGACUGUCAUUAGAUCAAAAUGUUAUAGCCUUGUUGGCAUAAGUGGAAUUGUUGCCAUGGAAACUAAAAACACAUUUAAAUUAUUAGGAAAAGAUAACAUUGUUAGAACUGUACCAAAACCUUCGAGUACAUUUACAUUCAUUUUAAACGAUUACAAAUUUAAAUUUUUUGGUAAAAAUCUUCAAGUUAGACCAGCUGAAAGAAGUUCGAAAAAAAUUAAAAGAAAUUUUAUUCAUGAUUUAUAA